UACGACGAUUUGGGCGUGGCUGCCAGUUGCACCGUAGCUAGCUAGCUCUCUCGCUGUUUAUCUCCACUUUGCAGCAUCGAAUAGACAUGAAUCGCAAGGUACAACAGAGGGUAAGAUGCAGUAAUAGCUGCUAAAUGAGACAUACAGUGAAAUGCAUGGGGAAUAGCGAGACAGAUGCGCGCAAGCAAGUGAGAGCUACGUUAGCUAAAGGGGUGGGGCUGACUUGGUUGAGUGCAGCUAGCUAGCUAGCGUUUCUGCAGUCGGACGCAGCCGUAUCGCCGGUAACGAAGUCGCCGCGGACUCGAGCGGAGCCGGGCACCAGGAUGUCGGUCCUGCUCUCCAAUCCCGACUAUCUGCUGGAGGGAUUCGCCGAGAAGAGAUGCAAGUAUAUUGGUGUACUGGAGAACAUUCCCACCACUCUGGAUCUCAAUGACAGAAAUUUCCUUCUCAACAUCCUCGACUCCAGCCGAAACUCGGGGAAGUUGCCGUGGAAACUGGGGCUUGAUGAUGAGGUUACCGUGACGAUAUCGGCGUUAAAUUUAAAGAUCAUCAAAGAAGACAGAACAGGGACUGUUCUUCAUCGACUACCGAUACAUGAGGUGGCCUCCUGUGUCUACGUCAAUGACGACGACCAACACUUGCUGUUCCUGAGAGCUGGUGACAGUGACCACGCCCACUGCCCCGUUCACGUCGUCAUGGUCAACAGGAGGGCAGAUGCGGAGGAGGUGUGUGGGAUCCUGAGAGAGGUGUUCCAGCUGGUUUACACCGAGGCAACCAUCAGACAACUGAACGACUCGAUCACCGCAGGGGAGAGGGGAUCGAUGGCUGCCACGGCAACACAACAGACACCUUCAGGAGGAGUCAAGAGUGAUGCGAGGAGACAGUUGCAGUUGUCAGGAGACGGACAGAAUGAAGAAGAAGAAGAGGAGGAGGAGGAAGAUGGCGCCACAGCAGAGGAGCUGGUUCAGCAUUAUAUGGAGCGACUCCACAAGCUGCUGGAUUUGAAGGAACUUCGAGACUUUGCGUCUCUUCUGAAACGAUACCGCGACGACCUCCCAGUGACCCAGUUCCUGACUCGCCUGAAGAGGUUGUAUGGAUCGCAGCGAAGUUUCCUCAUUCCAGGAAUGAGAUCUUUCAUCCCAGAGGAAGACAGAGCAGAGUUUGAGGAAUUUCUCGUUGAAAACAAUCUCCCAACUGACCAGCCACACCCACCAGCACUCUCUGCUGUCACAAAGCCACACCCACCAGCACUCUCUGCUGUCACAAAGACACACCCACCACCACUCUCUGCUGUCACAAAGCCACACCCACCACCGGCAACUCAGGUGGUGUCUCAGUCAUCAGGGGGGGAGGGGGAGAGAGGGAGGAGGGGGAGGAACCGCCGCACGAGUGGAGCCAGAGUUGCUGACAUGGACAAGUUCCUGGCCGAUAUCGACUCCCACGCUGAGGCCAUGAUGGACACUUCCAACUUUUGAAAUUCUUUAUUUUGUGCUUAUGUAAGAUAGAAUCUCAAUGUUGUGAAUUCUACUGUGUUGCAAUUUGAAGUGAAUUAUGGCCAGCU